CUUUUUCUUUCCUUUAGUUUUUAUUUUAUUCUUUUAUAUAUAUAUAUAUAUAUAAUAUGUUAAAAUCAUGGAUACAAAGACCAGAGACAAAGAAAUACGCUGCUGAUGCUGCCGUCUUUGCUUUAUCUCAAGUAGCUUUUUAUUUUGCGUUCAAAUGGAUUGUUGGUUCAUUAGAUCCUACCAAAGCGAAACGACAAGAAGCCAAAACAAAAAGCAAUAAAGUGCUUGGCAAGCUCGGUAUCAAGGAUUUGAAGUUGACAGAAUAUGAACAAAUCAUUGCUACUGAAGUGAUUCAUGCUGAUGAAAUCAGUGUUAAUUUCAAGCAAAUUGGAGGAUUGGAUCAUAUUAUUCAAGAUUUACGUGAAAGUGUAAUUUAUCCAUUAUGUUAUCCUGAAUUAUUCACAUCAGCUUCUGGUUUACUCGGUGCUCCUCCUGGUGUAUUGUUGUUUGGACCUCCUGGAUGUGGUAAAACAAUGAUGGCCAAGGCUCUUGCUAAGGAAAGUAAUGCGACAUUUAUCAAUCUUCAUAUCUCAACAUUGACGGAUAAGUACUAUGGGGAAUCCAAUAAAUUAGCGGCAGCAGUCUUCUCUUUGGCACGAAAAUUACAACCUGCUAUUGUAUUUAUUGAUGAAAUCGACUCCUUCUUACGUGAACGACGUAGUAACGAUCAUGAAACAACUGGAAUGAUGAAAGCCGAAUUCAUGAGUUUAUGGGAUGGUUUGACGACUGGUGAAGAUCGACGUAUUGUCAUUUUGGGAGCUACCAAUCGACCAAAUGAUAUUGACUCUGCAAUUCUUCGUCGUAUGCCCAAACGAUUUGCUGUGCGACUACCAAGUGAAGCUCAACGAAGAAGUAUUUUGGAACUGCUUUUAAAAGAUAUCAAAUUGGCAGAUGAUUUUGAUAUGAAGGAAUUGGUUCAACGUACAGCUGGUUGUUCAGGUAGUGAUCUCAAGGAACUUUGUCGAAAUGCAGCCAUGAUACCCAUCCGUGAAAUAGUCAGAAAAGAACAACCAAAGGACAGUGAAGAUGCAAGUCAAGAUUUACUGCAUUUGGAUAUCAAGAAUAUUGAUAAGGAAUUAAGACCUUUGACAGUUGGCGAUUUUUAUGCUUUUGAUGAAACAAAUGACAAAUCAUAUUCCUAUGCUGAAAGUUCAAGUCUCCCUAUUCAAGAAAAUUUGGACUAAACUGGAUGUAGAUGUAGUCAUAUUAUUAUAGUAUAGUAUUAUUAUCUUUUUUUGUUAUAGAAAUUCAGUUGAAAAUAAAAAUAAAUAUUCUUAUAUACACACUUAAAAUAAAA